AUGAAGUUCACACAAUCUCUCGGUGCUGCUGCAGUAGCUGCCAUUGGACUUGUUUCUGCUACUCCAUUGAAGUCAUCGCCCAAUGUAGCGCGAGAUUUGCCAUUAGUUCAAUCGGUAUGUGGGAAUUUCUCCAUGAAUCUUCAAAAUGAAGACUCCAACUAAUCAUGACUAUUAUAGAACCAACUACGUCGACUUCUUCUGCGUUCUGAACUCCUGAAAAAAGCCCAACAUCUAGAAGACAUUGCAUAUGCCACUCCAUCAAGGAAUAGAGUCAUUGGUUCCGAAGGUCACGAUAAUACUGUAGCCUGGAUCAAGGAAACAAUCGAAAAGUAUCCAGACUAUUACACCGUUUCUAUACAGCCCUUUGAAUUGUCGGUUGGCCUUAAUGCAUCCUUAACAAUCGAAGGUGUCUCAAUGGAAGUCUUUGCUGUCACCAUUGCUCCAGGUGGAGACGUUAGUGGACCAUUGAUUUAUGUUCCUAACCUUGGAUGUGAAAGUGUAAGUCAAUUCCUUUGACGCAGAGGCAUUUCUAACCCUGUACAGGCUGAUUACACCAAUGUCACCCCUGGAAGUAUCUUUGUCGUGAUGCGCGGGAAUUGUGUAUCUGCGAUCAAAGAUGCUCUUGGAUCGACAGCUGGAGGUGUUGCCAUGCUGGUUUACAACAAUGUCCCUGGAAACUUGGAAGGUUACGCCCUUCAGGAAUUCAGCGUACCAGAAGGGACAUAUGUUCCAGCCGGUGGGAUUGCGCAGGCUGAUGGAGAAGGUCUCGUAGCACGAAUCCAAGCCGGAGAGACAGUCAAUGCUCACCUCACAACUACCACCCGAAUUGCAACUAUAAACAAUGUUAUCGCAGAGACAAUUGCCGGAGAUCACGAGAAUGUUAUCUUUAUGUCUGGUCACUCUGAUUCUGUAGCUCAAGGGUACGUUGUCACGAAAGUCCGAGAGAUUCCGAGAUGCUAAUACUUGGUAGCCCUGGAAUCAAUGACAACGGCUCGGGAACAAUUUCUUUGUUGGAAACCGCGGUUCAGUUAACCAACUUCAGCGUCAAGAACGCCGUUCGAUUUGCAUGGUGGGCUGCAGAGGAAGCGGGUCUCUUGGGAGCUGAACAUUAUGUCACCGUUGCUUCGCAAUCUGAACUUGAUAAAAUUCGCCUAAUGCUUGAUUUUGAUAUGAUGGCUUCACCCAAUUAUGCCUACCAGAUUUAUGAUGGAGACGGAAGUGCUUGUAAGUUUAAAAUGCAUUCUCGGGCAUCAAGACGAAUCCGCUAUACGGAUGCCUCCAGUUAUCACUAGAGACUUUUAUAGAGCAAAGACUGACCUACAUUUUCUAGUUGGCGAGUCUGGACCCCCUGGAUCCGGGGAAGCUGAACAUGAAUUUGAACGCUACUUUGCCGAAGAAGCAGGUCUCAACUUUACGUCGAUAGAAUUUGACGGCCGUUCAGAUUAUGGUCCAUUUUUGGCAGCAGGUGUUGCCACGGGAGGUAUUGCCUGUGGAGCCGAGGGUAUCAAGACCGUUGAGGAAGCAGCCAUGUUCGGUGGAACUGCUGGGGUUGCAUACGACUCUUGCUACCACAGCGGUUGUGACAACUUCAACAAUCUUGAUGUUGGAGCUUGGAUUCAAAUGACGAAGGCUAUUGCGCAUAUGACUGCUAUUUUUGCCAACAGUUUUGACCUCUUACCACCAAUGAACGUCACUGUCAAGGCGAGGAAAGUUUCCAAGCCUCGUAGCUCCAAAAAGUUCAGCAAGAGAGUUUAG